GGAGGUCAGAAAGUCCGGGGUUCAGCUGACAGUGCACACACCCUGUAAAGUUUUAAGCAGAUUCCAGGAAACUUGUUAUUAAUGCUGCAGUCAUUAAAAGGCGCAGCCCACGGCAGAUUUAUUAGCUCAGUAAACCACAACACGUGCCAAGCUCUCCGGAAACAAAAGGGUCUGGCAACUUCGCUCCUCUUGCCUGGGAUUUGGGAAGGCUGGGAGGAGAGCCGUGAGGAGGGAGCCGGUGGCGAGAAUGGAGCCGGUGGCUUGUGCCGUGGGGAAGUGGCAUCGCCUCCGUUAAGCGACGCUCGCCACCGCGGUUCGUGAAUGCAAUUCCGCGGCAGCGAAGGCACCGGAGCGCGGCUGUAAGGAAAGCACAGCGAAUCCUGCUUGAGCUCACGGUGCUCGUCGCGGCAGUGGGACGAGCAGCCCCCGGGCUCCCGAAUGGAAAGCUUUCCCCGUGUGCCUGCCAUGAUAAAUCAGCCGCCGUUCGCCUGAAUAACAGCAUUCACUGAAGUUACAGUAGGAAACUUGUCUGGGUGGACACUGUGCCAUUGCUCUGCGGAGAGCAGCCGCUGCCGAUCGCCGGCGUUGCGCUGAAAUAUCGCAUUGAUCGCCGCUCCAAAGCUCGGCUGGCAGCACCCGGCUAUUGCAGCGGUGAGGAGCGGGGCGAACACCGGGAGAGGAGGCGUCGGGAACGGCAGGGUUAGACCAUCGCACCGAUCCCUCCGGGAAUAAGGAGCACGCUGGAUGUGUUAGAUGCUGAAAGGACCGGAGGAAGCUGGCACGUCCCUGGGASGAUUUGCAGGCUGAACUUGGCUGGGGGCUCGCUGUCGGCAGCCAGGCAAAGCGGGAAAAGGCAUCCUGUGCUCCCCCAGCCACACAGUGAGCAGCAGAGUGUGCCACCCCUGUGCAAGUCAGAGCUGGGAAUACAAGGUGAACAAUGCAUUUCCUGGCCUGGUUCAAUUUGCUGCUUCUCCUUCCUUGUUUUGACACCACCAAAACCUGCUUCCCUGGCUGCCACUGCGAAGUGGAAACCUUUGGUCUCUUUGACAGCUUUAGCUUGACCAAGGUGGACUGCAGUGGAAUAGGCUCACACAUUGUUCCCGUCCCAAUCCCUCUGGACACCUCCUACUUGGAUCUAUCCUCAAACAAACUGGAAUCAAUAAAUGAGUCGAUGCUUACUGGCCCKGGAUACACCACCCUGGUGAGUCUCGAUCUGAGCUACAACAAAAUUGCCAAGAUUUCCUCCACAACAUUCUCCAGGCUUCGGUACCUGGAGUCUUUGGAUCUGAGUCAUAACUCUCUGGAAGUCCUUCCGGAGGACUGUUUCUCCAGUUCUCCCCUAAGUGACAUAGAUUUGAGCAAUAACAAGCUUUUGGAUAUUUCUAUGGASGUUUUUGCUUCAAAAGGUCAAGGCAAAUCCCUGAACGUGGAUCUAUCUAACAAUAUGCUCAGCACAAUUACAAGGCACCGUGAAAAGGGAAUCCCCAACAUCCAGAACUUAAAUCUCUCUGGAAACAGGCUAAGGUUUGUACCAAACCUUCAWGGCAUCCCUCUCCGAUAUUUAAAUCUUGAUGGGAAUCCUCUGGUUAAGAUUGAGAAAGGAGACUUCAUGGGGCUGAAAGACUUGAUCCAUUUAUCCCUCAGUGGCCUGCGUGGCUUUAGAGAGUUAUCUCCUCACAGCUUCAAGGGACUCCAAGCCCUCCAGGUUCUGGAUUUAUCCAACAAUCCCAGCCUGAAAUCACUGACUGCUGAAGUUACCUUCGGUCUGAACUCCCUACAAGAGCUCAACCUCUCUGGGACAGGUGUGUCGUCCUUGCCAAAGACUGUGCUGAAAUACCUGCCUUCCAUCAAAAGCAUCACCCUAGGGAAGGACAUACAGUGUCUUAAGACCAUCAGAGAAGGACAGUACCACCGACAAAUUGGGCUGACCAAAAAAGAAGUCCUCAGCUGCCAUGACAGCCAUGGGUCCGUAGCAGCAGCACCUUAUGUUUCGUGAUGAAAGCUGAGAAGACAAAGGGGUGGGGCAGGGAGGUGGGGGGCCAUGGGAUUUGUACAGGUGUCGGACUGAGAUGGCUUGCAGUGUGCCUUUYGUAAAACUGUCAAUAAUUUAUAUAUUUGUAUUUGCCAAUAGUUGAUUGUUUGUGGAUUUUAUAAACUCUCAAAUCUUGGCCCGCGUUCUCUGCAGGCUCCAGAUUUUAUCCAGUGCAUUGAGGUCCUCACUCAUCCCGUUGGCUCAAGAGCAGUGACGCUGGGUGACAGGGGGACAAGUUGCUCUGCAGGUCCCAGGGCAGAACAGUCAGUCUGGAGCAAWCCCCUCAUGCAUCAGACAAGUUUGUAGGAGCAAAGCUACACCUCUCCAGAGAACACAUCAAAAUGUACCAACUCUGUAGCUGCUUGCUCCCAAACCAGUGUAUCAUCCUUCUUUUAAUUACUCCUUCCCAAAAUGUGCCUUCUGGAUGCUGCCUUCAUUAGCAGCACCCUGUUCUCUGUCUUGCACUUUCUGUCUUGAAGAAGCAUUUCCAGACAAACCUGAACACAGGGUGCUCCUAAGGUGCUGGGUUUUACAUCUUAUUUGCAUCGGUGCAAUCAACACUGAGUAAGUCAAGAAAAUUUCCCACCAGUUUCUCCUUGUUUUCCCAUCUUGAUCCUUUUCUUGUCUAAUUAAUUUGGGUCCAGUUUUGGCAACCUCCUGUCUUUCUAACCUCAGURAGCCAUCAGAGACAAUGUGUAGCAGAGGAAUGAAAGCAGAGGGGUCUGCCAACAGCCUCAUCUCAUCCAGGAAUUAGCUCUCAAUGAUGGAGAUUGCAAACGGAAGAGAUCACAUGGCGUAGCUCAGGAAAAGAAAAAAAUAAAAAAAAAAGGAAAAGAAUCUCUCCUCCCUUUCUGGGGAAGUUUGGAAGGAAACGUUGGCAGGGAUUCUUUCUUGAUGACCUUAUCAAACCAAGAUGCAGACCUAGAGGAUAUGAGAGGAGGUUGUUUCCAGGCUGACRUUCCCCAUCUGAACGCAACAUCUGCGACUCAUCUGGGCAUGUGUGAGGCAACUUCCAGUGCCAAAACACUCUUGAGAAUGUGCCAAGGGAAGAAUUAGCACUGAUGCCUGUAGGCCUGGAGCACUUUGCUUAUCGGAGAAAAGAUCUUUGGGGCUUUUUCCAGAGUUGUGGCUUUUCUUUCUCUCACAUUGCUCCUUGGUUGCCAACUGAAAUCUGAUAAAAAUCUGAUCCUCAAAGGUUUACUCGUUUUUUUUCCUCCAUKACUGAAAGGCUGUUAAAGAAAAGGGGAAGCCCUCUGGACCCUCCUUUUUCUCYGUUUCUAGGAGGAAGUGGGAGAAGGCAGCACAGAGUGACUCAGCUCCAUGUGUGAAGCCCUCAGCUUGCUCACAGGAGCAAUGGAGGUGUCUGCAGAGGUCUGGUCCACAUCUGGCACACUCGGUCCAGGGGGAUGGGCUGUUGUGGAUGGGGGUCCUGCUGGAGCUGAUCUGUUCUUUGCUCUCUAAACCCAGCCCUGCAUCAGGGCYACCUCCAGUGUUUGAUUCAGAGAGAUCCCUGUGAAGGCGAUGCAGAUAUCAGCCCAUCUCACAACUGUCCUUAGGAGUGUUGGGACAAGCUCAGGUUUUGUCCUUACCCCCAAAAACCCCAAAAAAUCUUUGAAAGUGGAAGCCCUGUUGCCCAAACCCAGUGACUCCAUAAAACUCAGAGUCAACACCUAACUUUGGAAAGUGAAAUUUGGUACCAAAAUACUGCCACAUUCUCAUCUAUCUCCAUUUCAAUCAUUUGUUUGGGUUCCUUAGGGUGGGAUUUUUACCCCUUCCUUCAGUUUUUGGGCUUUUUUCCCUCAAGUGAACCUUUGCAAUAUUUGACCAGCCUUUACAAUCACAGGAAACAUGUUGAUUUUCUUAAAAAGGCAAGGGGGCUGCCUACGGGCAGAGAUCUAAAGGGGAACAGGAACAAACUGCUCUGCAAGACACAGGCAAUUUGUGAGGAGAGAUGUGGGGGUUUUAGUGGACUUGCCUUUUUAAGAGAAUUAUUUUCUGCUGGCAGAAAAUCUAUUUCUUUUUUU